AUGUCUGGAUCAUGUGCACUUCCUACCUGGGCGCGUUUUGGACGAGUGUACCAAUUCGACGCCUUCGUUCUUGCAUCCAAUCGAGCUGGAUACCUGGCCAUCGUGUUAUUUCACGCCCCUUGGUGCUCCGCGAGCCAGCGAAUGCUGCUGGAGCUUCAGCGCCUCUCUCAUCUCUUCGUCGGCCGCCGCGUCGUCUUCGCGCGCGUGGACUGCUCCAUCAAGCAGGGCGUCAGGCCGGGAGUCCCCUUGGGCCAGGCCCCCAGCCCCGGCUUCAAGCUGCAGCGAUGCGACCUAACGCAAAUGCACCGAAUCCACAAAACGCCCACCCUGCGGAUGUACUACCAUAACGCCUGCGUGGAUGAGAUCAUAGGACACCGGCCUGUGGACUUCCGACAAGCGGCUUCCGACCUAACCUUCAAGUACAACCUCUAA